ACGCCGUUAGAAAGAGAAAGGGUUGUAGUAGUAAAAGAUAUAAAAGAAGAUUUGGAAGAAGAAGAGGAGGAAGAAGAAUUAGAAGAACAAAUAUUUGUGUAUUCAGAGCUAGAAGGAGUAAGAGAAGAAAAUUAUAAGUUAGAUUGGUUAGGGAAAGAAAAAAACAUUGCGGAAAAUAGAAAGAAAUAUUUUAAAAUGAAAGAAACUGAAAAACAUAACCUUUGGCCUGUGACAUGUCUCGUCUCCCUGGAAAAAGAGAAACAAAAGUAUAUACACGACCUUUUCGACUACUAUUACGAAAAUGAAGUUAGAUUAGGUAUUAACUACGAGAUUGGAGAAUUAAAAGAAGAUCAAAAAAGACAUUUACAACAAUUACUUGAUCAAAACGUUGAGUUAUGUGCUCAAAGUAUCUAUGAGUUGGGACGAACAAACAUAACUCGUCAUACCAUUCCCACUCAAAAGACUUUACCCAUCUGGCAGCAAAUUGAAAUAAUGUUAGUAAAAGAAAUUAUUAGACCUUCCUCAAGCCCAUGGACAUCUCCUGUAGUAUUAGUUAAACAGGGAAAUCGAAAAAUGCGUUUUUGUAUUGAUUAUCGGAAGUUAAACGCAGUCACUGUAAGAGACAACUACCCCUUACCACGAGUAGAUGAACUAUUAGAUGCUUUGAAUGGGGCAUCUUGGUUUUCGACGUUAGACUUGGCCAGUGGGUACUGGCAAGUCGAAAUGUUGGAGGAAGAUAAGGAAAAGACCGCUUUUAUUUCUCCUUAUGGGGUCUUUGAAUUUAACGUUAUACCUUUCGGCCUGAUGAACGCCCCGGCCACGUUCCAAAGGUUAAUAGAUCAAAUCUUUAACGAUUUGAUCGAACAUUUGGCACAAGUUUUUGAAAGACUAAAAAAGGUUGACCUAAAAAUUAAGCCACAAAAAUGCCAUUUCACGAAAAAAGAAUUAAAGUUUUUAGGAUACGUCGUAAGCGCCCGUGGUAUAUCAACUGACCCUAACAAAGUACGGGCGGUUCAAGAAUAUCCUAGACCCAAAAAUUUAAGACAGUUACACGGAUUUUUGGGUCUG